ACGGCCGAACAGGGUACCAGGCUUCGGACCCUUCGCUCGCCACCUGAAUACUAAAGGUAAUAGUUGGUGGCGUGGAUAGAAGAGGAACUAUCCCUCUGGCCUAGCUCCUCCCCCUUGUGUCGUGGCAACUCCCCCUGACGAAAAAGGUCCCUUAGCCCACUUGAAUCUAACAUCAACCAAGAUUCUCGGGCCCGGCCUCCUCCUCUCAACCGCAGCACGUUACUUACCCGACUUCCGGCCUGUGCGUUCCAAUCGACUUCCGGCCUGUGCGUUCCACCUGACUUCCGCGCUGCACCGGAUGUGAGCUCCACGCGCUCCUCUCCUCUGUUCUCCGCUCUCUGCUCCAGCGUGACUUGUGAAUAGGAGACAUCGCUGUGAGUGACACCGCCAGUAGUGAAGAAGACUUCCACUGAGUGAGGCACACAUCACCUGUGCCUCCAACCCAGUGCCUCCAGCUCACUUACUAAUACAUGAGAGGCACAAUGACCAGAAGAUCUUGGAACUCACCAACAAGAUCAUUCACCUGCUAACUAGAGAGGAGGGGGAGUAUUUAGAGGAACACAGGGGUCUGUACAAGGACGUGAUGAUGGAGAAUCACCGUCCCCUCACAUCACUGGAUGGGCCCAGUAACAGAGAUACCCCAGAGAGAUGUCCCCGUCCUCUGUAUUCCCAGGAUUGUACAGAGGAGAAUCACAGGAUCCCACAGGAGGAUCAGGAGGCAAAACUCGGAUGAGAGAGGAAGCGGGGUUCCAGUAAUAUUUCUGACAGUCUCCUCACCAUUUCUCAGAAGGUUGACAACAGAGAACAGUGCUACCAAAUAUGAAGAGGGAGAAGAAGAGACGUAUGUUACUGAUAUGAAGGCAGAAGAUACAGAGGGAGAAGAAGAGACGUAUGUGACUGAUAUGAAGGCAGAAGAUAUAGAGGGAGAAGAAGGGACGUAUGUGACUGAUAUGAAGGCAGAAGAUAUAAAGGGAGAAGAAGAGACGUAUGUGACUGAUAUGAAGGCAGAAGAUAUAGAGGGAGAAGAAGAGACGUAUGUGACUGAUAUUAAGGUAGAAGAUAUGGAGGGAGAGGAGACGCAUGUGAGGGGUGAGCAGUGUAAGGAGGAGAAAAUCCCUACAUAUAUCAGCACAGAUGGAUGUAACAGAAGAAAUAUAUUGGCUGAAUGUCCCAUUGUAUCUCCAGAUUGUGAAAUAGAAGAUAAAUACAUCACACAAGAUUCUAAAGGAGAAAUCCGCGUGAGCCCAGUUAUACAUCCAGUACCUCACAGUGCUGAUAUAUCAUCUGUUACCUCUAACCAUGAGCAGUGUUCUCCUUAUAUUUCAAAUAUUGGUUCAUCUAUCACAGCUGUUACAGUAGAUGAAAUAUUUCCCAGUUCUAUAAAUGCCAAAUGCUUUAUACGGAGCACAAUACUUAUUACCAAUCAGCCUACUAAGACAGGUGGGAGGACAUUUCCAUGUUCUGAGUGUGGGAAAUGUUUUACACGCAAAUCAGGUGUUGUUAGACAUCAGAGAAAUCACACAGGUGAGAGACCAUUUCCAUGUUCUGAGUGUGGGAAAUGUUUUACACAGAAAUCAGGUCUUGUUGCACAUGAGAGAAGUCACACUGGUGAGAGGCCAUAUCCAUGCUCGGAGUGUGGGAAAUGUUUUACAGACAGAUCAGCUCUUGUGACACAUAAGAGACGUCACACAGGUGAGAAGCCAUUUCCAUGUUCUGAGUGUGGAAGAUGUUUUACACGCAAAUCACUUCUUGUUAUGCAUCAGAGAAAUCACACAGGUGAGAAGCCAUUUCCAUGUUCUGAGUGUGGAAUAUGUUUUACACGUAAAGGAGAUCUCAAUAUGCAUGAGAGAAAUCACACAGAUGAGAAACCAUUCUUGUGUUCUGAGUGUGGAAAAUGCUUUAAACGCAAAUCAAUUCUUGUUGUACAUCAGAGACGUCACGCAGGUGAGAAGACAUUUUCGUGUUCCGAGUGUGGGAAAUGUUUUACACAGAAAUCGGAGCUUGUUCUACAUGAGAGAAGUCACACAGGUGAGAAGCCAUUUACGUGUUCUGAGUGUGGGAAACGUUGUUCACGAAAAUCCCAUCUUGUUACACAUGAAAGAUGUCACACAGGUGAGAGGCCGUUUCCGUGUUCUGAGUGCGGGAAACGUUAUUCACGAAAAUCACUUCUUGUUAUACAUGAAAGAAGUCACACAGGUGAUAGGCCGUUUCCGUGUUCUGAGUGCGGGAAGUGUUUUACACGCAAAUCAGUUCUUGUUGUACAUCAGAGAAUGCACACUGGUUAUGAUUAGAAGAUGGGAAUGGGAAAUCAGAUUCCGUUAAACUAUAAAUUACUCAUAAACCUUUACUGAGGUGACACAUUUGCAAGCAUAAAGUUUUUUUUAUUUUUUUUUAACAAGUUUUAUUUUUUGAGUGGAUGGGAGGAAAAGUCUCCUUGCAGCGUGGUAGUAGGUUUUGGAAAAGGAUCACCAAAAUGGUUUAAAAUAGCGUAGGCGGUCACGAGGAACAUUGGCAUGAUCUCCUAUUAGCUAAUAUCACGCUUUAAGUUCUGAGACUUGACAAGUUUUUCAAGCAUAAACUUUCAUUUAUUGUAGGUCAUAAAUGGACUCUUAAGUUAUAGCACAGAUUUGUCUUUAAAAAAAAAAAAGCUUGUCACACAAAUUCCUGUAAGGGUGUAUGUAAAGAGACAGUGUUGUUUCACUAUGAAGAGCAAUCUUUCUGAAUGUUAUUUGUAUUGUGUACAUACCAAUAUUUUCAUAAAUGCUUCUUUGUAAUUA